GUGGCGCUGGGCGGCUCGUGGACGCGGCGCCGUUACUCGCAGUCGGGCGGCGGCACAGGCGGCGGCGGCGGCACAGCGCGGAGCGCACUCGGCGCCUCAGCAGCGGCGGCGGCAGCAGCAGCGGAGGCCCCCUCGCCGUCACAGCCCCCGCGCGGGUGCAGCCAGCCUCGCUCCCUCCGAUCGUGCUCCCUUCGCCCGCGCCAUGGCUGAUCAACUGACCGAAGAACAGAUUGCUGAAUUCAAGGAAGCUUUCUCCCUAUUCGAUAAAGAUGGUGAUGGCACCAUCACAACGAAGGAACUUGGAACUGUCAUGCGGUCACUGGGUCAGAACCCGACAGAGGCGGAGCUGCAGGACAUGAUCAACGAAGUGGACGCUGACGGUAAUGGCACCAUUGACUUCCCAGAAUUUCUGACUAUGAUGGCUAGGAAAAUGAAGGACACAGAUAGUGAAGAGGAGAUCCGCGAAGCAUUCCGAGUCUUUGACAAGGAUGGGAACGGUUAUAUCAGCGCAGCGGAACUGCGCCACGUCAUGACAAACUUGGGGGAGAAGCUCACAGAUGAAGAAGUAGAUGAAAUGAUCAGAGAAGCAGAUAUAGACGGAGACGGACAAGUCAACUACGAAGAAUUCGUACAGAUGAUGACCGCAAAAUGAAGACCUGCUUUCAGCUCCUUUUCCCCCUCUAGAAGAAUCAAAUUGAAUCUUUUACUUACCUCUUGCAAAAAAAAAAAAAAAAGAAAAAAGUUCAUUUAUUCAUUCUGUUUCUAUAUAGCAAAACUGAAUGUCAAAAGUACCUUCUGUCCACACACACACACACAAUCUGCAUGUAUUGGUUGGUGGUCCUGUCCCUAACGAUCAAGCUACACAUCCGUUUUACACUAUACAUACUUGUACUACCUUAACGAUAAGGAAGCACUUAGUGGACUCCUUCAGGUUCCAUUGCUGAUGAUCCUAACACGCGUGUGGGCUGGCCAGUCCGUCAUGCAUGCGGCCUGAUGACAGUACAGUCAGGCGUUUGUAUCAAAACCAAAAAAUGAAAGAAAAAAAACCAACAAAUUAAAAACUCACCCAGAUGGGUUCUCGUUUGAUUUGUUAGGAUAAAUUGUCGUAGCUGGUUUCCUGAAAACAAAUGCAUUUAAAAUUGGUUUACGUCAGGACACCGUGCAGUGAGACGGUUGAGGGGUGAGCUAUUGAGACGUAGGCCCACUGCAGGAUGGUCCUCCUGUCCCUCUGUGCUCCGGCCCACGGUGACAGCCACGCAGCCUCGUGGCACACCCGCCUGCGCUGGCUUAGCGUCUGCCGGGCUGUCACCAUUCACGCAAAUUUUUAAUGAGAAACUUUUCCCAAGGGAGCAUCUCUGGACUCUCUGUUUUAAAAACCUGCAGCAUGACUUGGAGCCGGCAGAGUAGGCUGUGGCUGUGGACUCCAGCACAACCGUCAACGUGGCUGUUCAAGAAACUACGAUCACGUCCAUUCCAAGUUGUAAAUGCUAGUCUUUUUUUUCCAAUAAAAAGACCAUUAACUUAAAGUGGUGUUAAAUGCUUUGUAAAGCUGAGAUUGAACGGGGACGAGGCCAGAGGCCAGCGUCUAUCUGAACUCCGCCCCCAGCCUGCCUUGGGUUUCCUCCCCCUCUCUCCCAGGAUCCUGGCGCUGACCUCUGAGCCCAAGACCUUGCCUAUAAAACAGCAGACAGCGGUCGCUCCCUGCACACACUUUGCCAUGGGAGAGGGGGAGAAGCAAGCCACAGGCCUGUUGAGCUAGGACUCGCCUCGCAGGGCAGCCGCCUACCUUCCAGCACGCGGGGCUCUCAGGCAUCCUGCCGAGUACCUGUUUUACGUAACUCCUUGAGACCAUCUGCAGGAGACAUGAUUUAGUGUGUGUGUAAUUGAAUCUGCUGUGUGUGGUGGAAGCAGUAGUCAACUUUUCUAGGCCAGUCUAAAUGCCUAAAAGACACCACCGGUCACCUCCGAUUGCCGGCUUCUGACGUGUGGUAAUACUCAGCCUCUUUUUAAACCUUUUUCUUAAAAGUUGACCACUUUGCUUUGCGUCCCCCCCCCCC